AUGUCUCAGAAACUUCACGCACUACUAAAUACUGCCAUAAUACUUUCAGAGCAAUUCCAAACAACCCUCGACACAACCCCACCAACAACAUCCGAAGAUGCUCCCACCAUCACUACAACUGAGGGGCCAGCAGACCCCACAAAAUCCCUCCGAGCACAAGUCACAAAACUAUCUUUACUCGCGAUCACAUCCCCAUUUACACCAUCGGCGAUAUCGACGUGUCUGGUCUCUGUGAAUGAUUCGGUGAUGCCUUCGAUGGUUACGGCGGCAUUGCUGUUGACGCCUGGAGAAUACACGAAGGCAUUCUCCACCGAGGCGAGGAUACUUGUCAAGACGGGAUUAAAAGAAUUUGCGGCUUUGGUUCGGGAGAUUACUGAUGUCGCGAACAAAUUUGACACAAAUAAUGAGGAGAAAAAGGAAUUAUCAAAAUCGGAAAAGGAUGUGAUUACAUCCCAGACUGGACGGGUAUGGGAUGUUUGUGAUUCGAUUUCGACGCUUGUUGUGAAUGGCGUUGUGGGCCACGUGGCCAAGAGAGUUCAGGAAUGGCAUGAUCUCGUCAAAGACGCCAUCGAUGAAUUGGAGGAAUGGGAUCCGGAGGAUGAGGAUGGCGGGUUUGAGGAGCUGAUGGGUAGUGAUGACGACGACGAAUCGACCACAAAGAUCGGCGAAGAUGAAGAUGGAGAUCAAGAUGAGGGAAUGGAAGCCCUGCGCAACCAGAAAAAAUCCCUCCUUCGCGCACUCAAACCCAUUUCCCAGAUUUAUCCAGCUAUAAUCACGCAUCGACUCAAAAAGGGUGGGUUGACAACAAGCGACAAGACACAAAUCGGGAAACUGGAGACUCUCACGUCCAAUCUGCAAAGCGUACCGGAUCAUGUGGACGAGGCUGCUGGAUCGUUGUAUGAGCACAAUCUAGAUGAUUGUAUCAGAUUUCUGGGGCUGGCGAAGGUCACUGCUGACAAAGCGAUUGAGUUGGUUGUUACUCCGUGGAGUACAUCCGAAGAGGAUAAAUUUACGGUCUGGUCGAAGACGUGGAGGAAAGUUAUGGGUGAUGUGAUUAGUGAUGUCCGACCAUAAUAUAAAACGCAACGCUAACAUUGUGUCUAAAGAAUUAUUGUACAAUAAACUAAUAUAACGCUGCAUGC